AUGCAGAGCAACUCUCAGGAGGCCAACAGCUCCCAACAAGGCCGCAAGAUGGCAAUUCCUAGGCUCGAGCGUGCGCCGCCACCGCCACCGCCACUCAAGUCAAGUGAGAAGGGUAGAGAAGAUCGCGUGUACGUCUCCGUCCAAGGAAAGAUCUUGGGACUGCUUGAUGAGCUCGAGCAAUGGUCGAAGGUAGCAUUACCCGGAGGCCGCCAAGCAGGACAAGAGAAGCACAAUGCAGGCCUUGAACGCGAACAGUUUCUUCUCAAGACAGACUACUGGAGUACCAAAAUGCUCGUCACACGACCAUGUCUCUGUAGGAUUGAGCGGCGUAUUCGUAAUGAGAGCAACGCUUCCGCCGAGUUCAAUAAGGCAAGCGCGGAAGCUUGUGUCAGAGCUGCUUUGGAAAUGACCAAGUUGUUCCCUGAUGAGCCAAACCUCGACUUUAUCUACUCCAAGGGGCCGUGGUGGGCAGUUGUUCAUCUUAUCAUGCAAUCAAUUGCGGUACUCAUACUAGAGAUGGCUUACGGAAGCAAGCAUAUGAAGAGCUCCGAACCUAGCAUGACCGUGUCUAUAAAGAAACUGGUUCGUUGGUUGCGCGCAAUGCAGCAUAACGAUCCCGUCGCCGCUCGAGCACACGAUGUGAUCCGGAAGAUCCUCAAGAGAUGUGCUCCGGCUCUGCAAUCCCAGGCGGAUGAACUUCUCGCCCUUUAUGGAGAAGAAACCCCCCAAUCUCAUGCUCAUCAACAUUAUCAUACCCCAUACAAUGCUCAGCAAACUGCGCAGGUGGCACAAGAGAACAUCCAAUUCAAUCCAAUGGAUACCAGUGGCACAUUCGAUGCUCGUUCUCUUCCGUACUACUCAUUGGACAAUCUGCCUGGAUAUCAAGACGUUUUUGAUCCGUUUUACCUACCGGAGGAACACAUCGCACCGAUGCCCUUUGGCAACCCGUUUUUCACAAACUUCGAUCACGGUGUACCGCUUGUCAACAUGCAAGACCUGUGGAUAUAUCCAGGACCUUCGAACGUUUUUGACCCGAACCUGUCACUUAUGAAUACACCACUAGACGUUCAUGAUGGUGAGGAUGGUCCGAGUACGGAAUACUCGCCCCAACAAUAA